AUGGGCGCGCACGAAACUCACCAGACCGACAGCGAAGCUGCUGUCGGGAACAAAGAUGAAGCCAUCGCCAUUGUCGGAGAGGAGCAGCAUGCCAUCGAUCCUGUGGUGGCUGCCCGCGCCGUGAGAAAGAUUGACCUGUUUCUCAUCCCCGCCAUGAUUGUCGGCUAUGGCCUCGUGUACUACGACAAGGCGAUUCUCGGCUCUGCUGUUCUCUUUGGCAUGACUGCCGACCUCGACCUCACCAUCGUGGACACUUCAACUACGCCCCCAACAGUCGACACCCGACGUCUCAGCUGGGCCACCUCGCUCUUCUACUUUGGCAUGCUGGCUGGCCUGUACCCCAUGACAUUCGCCCUCCAGCGCUUCAACAUCGGCCGCGUCCUCGGUGGUGUCGUGGUCGUCUGGGCUGCCAUCUGUAUGCUCACUGCUGCUGUGACGUCGCACCAGGGGUUGUAUGUGCAGCGCUUCUUCCUAGGUUUUGUCGAGAGCAUUAUUCCUACGGGAUUCAUGUGUAUUGUUUCGGGGUAUUACACGCAAACUGAGCAGUCACUCCGGCAGAGUUGGUGGUUUUCGUCGACUGGCAUCUUCACCAUCAUCGGAGGCGCACUCAACUAUGGCUUUGCGCAGAUCACAGGCGGUGGCCUCAAGAGGUGGCAGUAUAUCUACCUCCUCGCAGGAUCACUGACAUUCCUCUUCGGUCUCUUCUGCUUCGUCAUGCCAAACUCACCCGUGUCGGCUUGGUUCCUGACCAAAGAGGAGAGAUUCGCUGCCGUGGAGCGUCUUCGACAUGGACAAACCGGCGUGCGAUGCACAACCUUCAAGACAUCACAGCUUAAGGAAGCCGUCCUCGACGUCAAGAUCUGGCUCGUGGCUCUUAUGAUGGCGUCCGCAUACACCGUCAAUGGUGCCGUCAGCGGAUUCGGACCCCUAAUCGUGUCGACUUUUGGCUGGAGCACUCUACACUCGAUCCUAUUCCAAUUCCCCCUUGGCGGACUCUGUUUCAUCGUCAUCCUCCUCACAGGAUGGCUGGGCACAAAGUUCAACAACAUCCGCAUCUUCAUGCUUAUCUUUACUUGCCUGCCUGUCAUUGCUGGAUGUGCCAUCAUCUGGAAGAGUGAGUGGUCGUACCGUGCUGCGGCGCCUGUGGUGGGAUACUCCAUCACUGGCUUCUUUGGCGGAACUGUGAGCCUUAUCAUUACUAUUGGCAUGUCCAACGUUGCCGGACAUACCAAGAAGAGUUUCAUGGCUGCCACCAUCUUUGUGGCCUAUUGUGUUGGAAACAUUGUUGGUCCUCAGCUUGUUUGGAGCCAGACCAAGAACGAGCACUACCCAGCUCUGUGGCUUGGUUUGAUCAUCUGUUACAUCAUCUGCAUCCUCGCAUCGACUGCUCUCUAUUUUGUCCUGCGCAAUGAGAACAAGAAGCGAGAUGCCGUCCCCGGAGACGAAGCUGAACGAGCCAAGCUGGCAUUCCAAGACUUGACCGACAAGGAGAACCCCUACUUCCGCUACGUCUACUGA